AUGAAUACACCAUCAUCAUCAAAUUCGAAUACAUCGGUUCCCUUCGAUGUUACGGCAAGUGAUGGUGUGGUGAUUCAGGUUGAUUUGGUGAAUGAUGCUUAUGAAGAUAUCGAAUCGCUUUUGUUUGAUGAAAAACCUCCAUUGGAUUGCUUUAUUAGAAUAUCUGUCCUGUACUAUCAAAUCAAUAGGACCGAUCUUUUCGAAAAGCUUUUGAAACGAUUGCUAUCCGAGUCAUCUUUCAAUGACUACUAUGGACACUUUGAAUAUACGGAAGCUAAAGUUGAAGCAUUAAACAUAUUAGCCGGAUAUCAAAUCGAAAGAUACAACAAAGUGGUUUCUACUAGUAAUGACAAGAACAUUUCGGAUGAUGUAUUACAGAAUAUGAGAGAAGAGAUUCGAAAUGAAAUUGAAAAAUUAAUCCAAGAAGCGGAACAGUUAAAUCCUUCAAAAGUAACCAACUUUCUUUCACGUGCUGUUCUCCAUUUAAAUCUCGGAGAAGUGGACAAGGCAGAAGGAAAGUUCGACUACGUUUUGACUGUCGAUAAAAAUAAUAUUCCAGCUCUUCUUGGAAUGGCUUGCGUCAGAUAUAAUCAAAAGCAAUUCAAGGAAGCACUCACAAUCUAUGAACAAUGCUUGAGAUUAAAUCCACAAGGCCCAGCAGAUAUUAGACUUGGAUUGGGAUUGUGUCAUUACCAAUUGGAAAAUUAUCAAAGAGCUAGACAAUGUUUUGAACGAGUUCUGAAACUUGACCCAAACAAUGUUGCUGCUCUUGUUUCUCUAGCAGUCAUGGAUUUAAACUCGAAUGACGAAAAUCUUGUACAAAAUGCUGUGAAAACUAACCUAAGAAAGGCUUACUCGUUGGAUCAAACAAAUCCUCAAGUUUUAAAUCUAUUGGGAAAUCACUUCAUUUUCAAGAAAGAUACCACCACGGCAUUGCAACUUUCAUGUACUGCCUUUGAAAACUCAAGAGCAAGUAAGAUCAAGGCAGAAAGCUGCUACAACACAGCCAGAGCCUAUCACAUCGAACAAGAGUACCACCGUGCAUUCGGAUUUUACUAUCGUAUAAUUUCCUCAUACUGGAGUGAUCACACCCUCGCUCAUUAUGGUCUUGGUCAAAUGUACAUUCAAAGGAACGAGAUUGAUAACGCAAUCAGCGAGUUCGAAACUGUUUUGAAGUCAGAACCUGAAAAUUUAGAAACAAACCGUGUAUUGGGUAAACUGUAUGCAAGAAAAAGAGAUCCUAAGAAGACAAUCAAAUACUUUAAAAAGGUAUUAAAAAAGGAUCCAGAAGAUUUGGAUGCCUUACUCAGGCUAGGAGAGUAUGAGAGAUGCAAUACACAACAAGCUCUAACCAACUUGAAAAAAGCCCAAGAAAUUUUGGAGGAAAGAGGUACACCUAUUUCAUUCGAACUUUAUAACAAUAUUGGUGUGCAUCAAUACCAACUUGGUCAAUAUCAAGAAGCUGAGAAAAACUUUAAAAAAGCUUUGUCCUUAACCAGUUGCAAGGCCCUUGACAAUCUGGAUGACUUGGAAGAGCAAUCCAUUGACACAACUACGUUGUCGUUAGUAUACAACAUUGCUCGAUUAUAUGAACGUACAAAAGCGUAUGACACAGCAGAAAAAUUAUUGCUCAAGAUUGCAUCCCAACAUCCAAGUUAUAUCAAUGCCUAUCUUAGACUUGCCGGUAUUCAGCAAGCGAAAGGAAAUUAUGAAAAGGCUAUUCAACUUUGCAAGUUGACAACCUCAUUAGAACCCACAAAUCCAGUGACAUGGUCUUUCCUAGGUCAAACAUAUCUAGAACAAAACAACUUUACUGAAGCUCAAAAAGCCUUUGAGUACAUUGUUCAGAAUAUUGAAAAGAAUGAUAUUUACGCUCUUUUGGGAUUGGGUAAUAUUUACUUCCGAUCUUUAAGAGUUCCCACUAAGACGAACGAUGAGAAAUAUGAAAAGGAGCAAGCAAAGAUUGAAAAGUAUCUCGAGUAUGCACUUGGCUUUUUUGAGAAAGCCAUGAAACUGGAUGGAAGUAACUUGUACGCUACCAUGAACAGUGGAUGUGUUUUAUGUGAAUAUGGCUAUACAGAAGAUGGAAAGGCCCUUAUGAAUAGAGUACGAGAAGUUUGUGUUGGAGACUACAAUGACAAGAAAGAGAAUCCAGAGACGUAUAUCAACAUGGGACAUUUAGCCAUGCUUCAAAAGCAAUAUGCUCAAGCUGAAAAGUUAUAUUCUACAUGUUCAAAACGUUUUUUCAAUGAUGAGAAUACCCUUGUUUUGGCAUUCCUUGCCAAAUCUUAUUUUGAUAAUGCCAAUUAUGACUCGUGUUUGGAAACUCUCUCUAGAAUUGAAAAGUUUGAUCCAAACAAUCUCACUGUCAAAUAUAAUAUUGCCAUCACAUACUAUGAAAAGAUUAAUGCCAUUACAAGCCAAAAGAAUAAGUCCUUGAAUAAUGCUGUAUUGUUGGAAGAGUAUUUAAACAAAGCACUUGAUCUCUUUAGAGAAAUAUCCAAUAAGGACAUUAAUUCUUCCCAACAACAGCAACAACAGAAAAAGAUAUCCAGCGAAUUCUCUCUUCCUGAGCCUGUUGUUAUUCACAAAGCUAAUGAGUACAUCAAAAUAUUGGACUCAAAGGUACGAGAGAAAAUUCAGAAAUACAGAGAAAAAGCAGAAAGUGAGGAAAAAGCAAGAGAGGAAUUGAAGAUCAAACAAGAAAACGCUUUCAAGCUUCUUGAAGAAGAAAACAAGAAGCGAUUGGAAGCAGAGGAACGUGAAAGAAAAGAAAGAGAGGAGAAGAUGAAAAGAAUUUAUAUGGAAAACAUUGAAAAGAUUGAGAACAUUAUGCGAUCAGCAGCUGUAAGCACUGCAGCAGACGAAGGAGGUGAGGAAGGAGAAGAACCAAAGAAAACAAAGAAGAGAAAGAAGAAGGACCAGGUUGACGAGGGAUCAAUUGCUCAAGGAGAUGCAGAACAACCACCAGAAAGCAAGAAAAAGAAGAAGAGCAAAGAACCCAAAGAAAAAAAGAGCAAAAAAGAUUCCUCAAAGAAGAAGUCUCGUCUAAAGAAGAAGGCCGAUCAAACUGAAGAACCUGUUGAGCAGGACAAUGAAAUGGAGGACGAAGACAUUCAAGUUCAACACUAUCAACCAGCUAGGACUGUUGAGGAUGACGACGAAGAAGACUACAUGGCAAGUUCUUCUCGUGCCACAGCAGAAGGUGAAGAAGAAUUUAGUUUUGAUAAUGAAUAG